AUGCCCCUCAUUUUUCCUGGCUUCGUAGGAACACUCAUCUUGGACCACAUCUGCCUCAUAGCUAAGAAGCCUAAAGAAAGCUCUGCAGAUGUAGAUAGCUCUGCUCUUGUGAAACUCUUAUCUGUUCCAGGUUUCGGUUUGCAAAUACAAUGUUACCAGUGCGAGGAGUUCCAGCUAAAUAAUGACUGCUCCUCUCCGGAGUUCAUUGUGAAUUGUACAGUGAACGUUCAAGAUAUGUGUCAGAAAGAAGUAAUGGAGAAAAGUUUUGGAAUCAUGUAUCGCAAAUCCUGCGCAUCUUCAGCAGCGUGUCUGAUAGCUUCUGCUGGAUACCAAUCUUUUUGCUCUCCAGGGAAAGUGAACUCUGUGUGCAUCAGCUGCUGCAACACUCCGCUCUGCAAUGGACCCCGGCCGAAGAAGAGGGGGAAUUCUGGUGUGAAACUGAGGGCACACAUGAUAACUACCGUUCUGCUCCUUAAAUUAUCUCUCCUGUUUUUCUAUCACUAAACUUCGAGCAAGUUUCUUGUCCUGACGCAAUUUGUUCUAUCUCCUCCUUUCUUCAAAGACACUGCAAUUAUUUUCUAUUUGUUUUUAAGUCUCUAUCAACAGCGAGGAAAAUCAGCGGUUGUAGGGAAAGAGGCUGAUACUUCUGGCAGCUAAUGCAGAAACCGGAACACAGGAAGUUCCUUAAUGCAAGGAAGAACUUUACUCUGGAGCACUGGAACAGGCUGCUUGGAGAGGUUGUGGAGUCUCCUCUGGAGAUAUUCAAGACCCACUUGGAUCGCUUUCCUGUGUGACCUGCUGUAGGGAGCCUGACUGAGCAGGGAGGUUGGCCUCAAUGAUCUCUAGAGGUCCUUCCAACCCCUACAAUUUUCUGUGAUUGUGUGAUUCUGUGAAUUCUGUUAGCAGAUUGAGAUUUUUAAGUGCACACUGGAAAUUCAACAGCAGGAUACAGAACUCCUGCUCUUUUUGCAUAACUGGAAACAAAUCCAUUGUGUUCUAAAGAUGUAGUCAAGUCCUCGGCCACUUUAGUUCACGUGUUUUGAUGUUCAUUCCUGCCCACUGCCUUAUGAAGUCACACUUCACGUUCACAAAGGCCAUUGUAUGCAUCUGGGCCAGGCUUUGAGCUAGUCUCUAUUGGCACUACUUCCAAGCUGUGCUCCUGCAAUUCAAGAUCUGGCUUCUGCAGACUGCAGUCGGGGUUGGCCUCAUUCUGAAAAGUACUUAAACCUUUGCUAUUGCUCCUUGUAGAAGAGCUGCGCUUGGAGGAAAUGAAGAGCAACGGGCGUAGAGAUCGGCUGCUCCUUGCUGUAGAGCUCAGGUUGGCUCUGAGAAACUUCUCUUUGUUGGCAUGCUCUAUUGUCAGGUGGCAGCGGAGGACCUGCAGAAACACACUGCGGAACUGCUGAGAAGAGAUAUUGUACAGCAGGGGAUUCACCACGGAACUGAGGUAGAAGAAAAUGUCGGCAAUGGGAAGGAGAAUGAUGUAUGCCCUGAAGUAGGGGACGGUCCAGUCCUGCUUUGGUUUAGCAGCAGCCAUGAUCCUUCUAAUCUGGUUUGGCAUCCAGCAUAUUGCCAAGGUUGCAACAAUCAGUCCUAUGAACAAAAAGAGGGAGAAGUGUGAAUACUUGGGUGGGGGGGGAAACAUAUGGUAUUAAGUAUAAGUUCUGCACUUACUUGUUAGGAAAUAACACCAAUUUUUCAGUGUUUUGCUUAACAGCUUUUUCUGCCAGCAGCAUUUUUUGUUUGUUUUGAUAACUUACAAGGUCAUUGCAGCGUAAAAUGCUAUGACAAAAGACUGCACAGUGCUUGGAUAGUGGUCCUUUGUACCUGUUGUCAUUUAUUUAUUUUCCAUGUUCUUUCCCUGUAUUUUUGGAAAGAAUGGAUGUUUGGUUUGCUCUGCAUUCCUGCAUUUCUUAUGUUUUUCCCUUUACUUUGGAAAAGCAAACAAAAUAAAUAGAACCGAUAGCCAUAUAAGAUCAGGCAAUACCCAGAAGAGAUCAGAUUCUUGUUUGUACUUGACAAAAAAAAAAAAAAGCAAAAACUGUAUGCAUAAUAAUAUAUUUGGUGUUAUUUUUGGUAAAUUUCCUCUUACAGAAGAUAUUUUUAAGUAAAGUAUGUAUGGAUCUUUUUAUGGUAAUUAAGAUACGUUGGACUUUCUUAAGAAUGGAAUUCCAGUGGGAUUAAAUUAUGAAUGUAAAUGAGAAAAACCCAAGCCUGGUCACAGAAAUGUAAGUGGUUUCAGAUUAUAAAUUUGCUCAAAAAUGCGGUAUCUGACCAUUCUGAAUUUAUAUGUAAAUAUAAAUACACGUUGCUGCAUCACUAACGGCAUUAAAAAGGGGGUGACCUCAGUGUUGAGAGCUCCACCUCCAUGGCCAGGAGGGCUGCAGUUCUAUAGCAGCGAUGGCACCAUCGGCCCUGGAGGGACAGGUGAGUGCUGUGAGCAGGAGGCUGAGCAGGGACGGUGCUGCUGACAUGGGCACGU